GGGAGCUGCUGCUGGCGGAGCAGCGGCCCUAGCGGGGCCAUGGCGAAGCUGCUGAGCUGCGUGCUCGGUCCCCGGCUCUACAAGAUUUACCGGGAGAGAGAUUCCGACAGGGUCCCGUCUAGCGUCUCCGAGACUCCAGCCGCCAUCACUACCCCGUCUUCCAGCUCCUGGGAUACAUAUUAUCAGCCCCGUGCCCUGGAGAAGCAUGCUGACAGCAUCCUGGCACUGGCUUCAGUCUUCUGGUCCAUCUCUUAUUACUCCUCUCCCUUCGCCUUCUUCUACCUGUACAGGAAAGGUUACUUAAGUUUAUCGAAAGUGGUGCCGUUUUCUCACUAUGCUGGGACAUUGCUGCUGCUGCUGGCUGGCGUGGCCUGUCUCCGAGGCAUUGGCCGCUGGACCAACCCCCAGUAUCGACAGUUCAUCACUGUCUUAGAAGCGACACAUCGUAACCAGUCUGCAGAAAACAAGAGGCAGCUGGCCAACUACAACUUCGACUUCAGGAGCUGGCCAGUUGACUUCCACUGGGAGGAGCCCAGCAGCCGGAAGGAGUCCCGAGGAGGCCCUUCCCGCAGGGGUGUGGCCCUGCUUCGCCCAGAGCCCCUGCAUCGGGGGACAGCAGACACGCUUCUCAACCGGGUUAAAAAGCUUCCCUGUCAGAUCACCAGCUACCUGGUAGCACACACCCUGGGGCGCAGGAUGCUGUACCCAGGCUCUGUGUACCUGCUCCAGAAGGCCCUCAUGCCUGUGCUGCUACAGGGCCAGGCCCGACUGGUGGAAGAGUGUAAUGGGCGUCGGGCAAAGUUGCUGGCCUGUGAUGGCAAUGAGAUCGACACUAUGUUUGUGGACCGGCGGGGGACAGCAGAGCCCCAGGGACAGAAGCUGGUGAUCUGCUGUGAGGGGAAUGCAGGCUUCUAUGAGGUGGGCUGUGUCUCCACACCCUUGGAAGCUGGAUAUUCAGUACUGGGCUGGAACCAUCCAGGCUUUGCUGGCAGCACGGGGGUGCCAUUCCCUCAAAACGAGGCCAAUGCCAUGGAUGUGGUGGUCCAGUUUGCCAUCCACCGCCUGGGCUUCCAGCCCCAGGACAUUGUCAUCUAUGCCUGGUCCAUUGGAGGCUUCACUGCGACAUGGGCAGCCAUGUCUUACCCAGAUAUCAGUGCUGUCAUCCUUGAUGCCUCCUUUGAUGACCUGGUGCCUUUGGCCUUGAAGGUCAUGCCGGACAGCUGGAGGCCCCUGGUGACCAGGACUGUGAGGCAGCACCUUAACCUAAACAACUCUGAGCAGCUGUGCAGGUUCCAGGGCCCAGUGCUGCUGAUCCGAAGAACCAAGGAUGAGAUCAUCACCACCACCUCCCCCAGGCUAACUCCCCCCCUCACCAGGGUUCCUGAGGACGUCAUGUCCAACCGAGGCAAUGACCUCCUGCUGAAGCUGCUGCAAUUCCGGUAUCCUCGAGUGAUGGCAGAGGAAGGCCUCCGAGUGGUGAGGCAGUGGCUGGAGGCCUCUUCCCAGCUAGAGGAAGCCUCCAUUUACAGCCGAUGGGAGGUGGAGGAAGACUGGUGUCUCUCUGUACUCCGCUCCUACCAGGCAGAACAUGGGCCCGAUUUCCCCUGGAGUGUGGGGGAGGACAUGAGUGCAGAUGGACGGCGGCAGCUGGCACUGUUUCUGGCCCGAAAGCACCUGCACAACUUUGAGGCCACGCACUGCACCCCACUCCCAGCCCAGAACUUCCAGAUGCCCUGGCACCUCUAGAGACCACAUCGGAACUUUAUUCUGGAAGAUCGGGAUGGGAGGAGACUUGAGAGGGACACGUGCUUGUGAUUCUCUAUAUUCAUGUUGCUGUUUCUAGUUUGUGGAAAGCUGGGGACAUCCCCUUCUUACCACUGUUCCUCUUGCACGUUUCCCUCAUCCACGCUGCAGCACCUGACCUUCCUUGACACACCCUGCAUUAAAUGAAUGAUUUAUUCCUAAUACUUAAUAAAAAAAAAAGGUAUAUUUUCUACUA